CAGCAGUUGUGGUAAAGCUGAGCUGGCAAGAAGGAAGUGAUGUUCUCACCUUUAUGAAGAGGCUGGGAGAUAAAUAGUGGCUCCUCCAGCGCACCACAGCAUUUAAUCUGCACUUUCAUUCCAGCAGCAUCACUGCCGCACUGCUGCCCAUCUAACUGGAUUUACUAGCUACAACUGCAAGAGAACAAAGAAUGAAGUUUGCCAUUGUAAUUCUCUGCCUGCUGGGAACAACCAGUGCUAAUCCCAUCUUAUACAAAGUGACCACUGAGAUGAUGGAACAUGCAUCCAACUCUACCUCAUCAGUGUCUGAAUCCUCUGAAGAAAGCGAUACAUCAGAACACAACAGCUCACCGGAAAAUACUUCUGAGAACAAUACGUCAGAAUCGCUGGAGUCUGCAUCCGAUGAUCAGACUUCAGACAUGAGCCGGAGUCACUCCCUGGAAGCUCGGUUUGGCACAGGUGAGACAGGAAUGACCACAGAUGACAGCCAAGGCAGCCUGGAGAACAUGCGCAAGAGCUGGAUUCAUCUCAUCAACGUCAAAGUGCUCAGCGAGGAGGACAAAGACACGACAGAGGACCUCUCCUCUAACAGCAGUGAAUCUACAGAGAGUCAGGAGCAGCAAACCCACAGCAGCAGCAGCAGCAGCAGCAGCACAGAGUCCAGCAGCAAAGACAGCAGGGCUGUGGUGGACAGCAACGAGACCAGUGAGAGCAGAAGCAGCAACAGCAGUAGCAGCAACGAGAGCCGAGAGUCCAGCCACAGCACAGAGAGCAGGGAAAGCACAGAGAGCCGCUCGAAAGAGUGCCCGUCUGAGGCCGACAGCGAUGAGUGCGACAGCGAUGAAUACGACUUCCACGACAUCGGAGACGAUGGAGCCAGUGAACCGCUGAACGGCUUCCGUACGCCCGAUAACAAUGACCAUGAGGUUCUCUUUAAGAGAUGACCAAAUGUAACCUUUUAAGAAGAUAUGAUUAACAGACAAAAUACAGUUUGGAAAUCCCUGCUGAGAGAUAUUAACAGGAUAAUUAAAUGAAUAAGAGGCAGUUAAAGCGGAAUUCCACCACUUUUCUAGUCCACAUUUCUGCAUAAAGGAAUUGUGGAAAGGUAAACAAAGUCAUUUAGGAUUUGGUGUGAAAUAGCGUAUUGCAGAACAACAUACCCUAGGAACCAGUAUGUAAUGUUAGUGAUAGCAAAAUAGCGCUAAAAUUUAAAAGCUUUCCUUGAGAGAACAUUUAGAGGCAUUCAGACAUCUGGUUCCCAUGACCACAAGUGUAAGCAGUUCUCACCCAUAUCAGCACCAUUCUGAAUGAUUGUCUUUAUAUCUUAACAUUUUUUUUAAAUAGUACCAAUUUGGGGAAAAAAUUGGUGGAAUUCCUCUUUAAAGGAUGGUAGACCUAUUAAACACAAAUACAGCUUGUGGCACUGACGAAUGACAUGUAGUAGACAGUUUAUUUUGGAUUAAUACAUGUUACAUUUAUUACAGAUUAGGCAUUUGUAGCUUACUUGAGAGCAUAGCAACUUCCUCUGGGAACUGUUUUUUGUUCUAUACACCUCUGCAUCUAAUUAAGGGCAUACUGUAUACACAAACUACAGGCCUACAUAAUACACAUAAUGCAGCCUUGAAUCUGCUCAUGGGCUUUUCACACUUUCAGCAAGUUUCCAUUACUUUGGACUUGCUCAUUAUUAAUACUAUAAUAUAAUAUGCCAUACACUGGCAUGUAAGAAGAAGAGUUGGUACAAUCACCAGCCCUUAAUUCUUUCUGAUCAUGCAUCUCAUGGUACCAUUCUUUUCAUUUUAGCUAUUACAUCUGAAUGUAGUUAUGAACGAUAUCUCAAGGGUUUCUCAAGUUUCAAAUGUAUUGAAACAGUGUAUUUUUUUUGUUGCUGGAAUACAUUACAGCUAUUUAUUUUUAGUGUAUUUUAGUUUAAAUGUGUAACUUUACAUGUCAUUUUCAUUACUGGAACUUGGCUACCAUACCUCAAUUGCAGUGUUAACUGUUGUUGAAAUUGCACAGUAUUUAUUAUUUACAGAAUAUCACUGUUUAUUUUUAACAAAAACAACUCUGGCAUCACAUGGCUAAUGAUUCUGAUGUCACCAAAUAAACAUUGAUA